UUCAAACUGACAGGAGGGAGCGCGGCCGUUGGCGGCGGCCGGGACGGCCCGGCCCGGGGGAGCGGCGCGGCGGGGCCCGGCGGUGUCCGCCCGUCAUGUCGGCCAGCAGCUGCACCUUCGAGGACCGGUGCGUGGCCGUGCUGUGCUGCCGCUUCUGCCAGCAGGUGCUGAGCUCGCGGGGGAUGAAGGCCGUGCUGCUGGCGGACACCGACACCGACCUCUACUCCACCGACAUCCCGCCCUCAGGUACUGUUGAUUUCAUCGGAAGCUGCUAUUUUACUGAAAUCUGCAAAUGCAAACUGAAGAACAUCGCAUGUUUAAAGUGUGGCAACGUUGUCGGUUAUCAUGUGAUUUCUCCCUGCAAACCUUGCCUGCUGUCCUGUAAUAAUGGCCACUUCUGGAUGUUUCAUAGCCAAGCAGUCUUUGGCAUCAACAGACUAGACCCUUCUGGUGUGAAUGUAUUGCUCUGGGGCAACUUGCCAGAUUUGGAGGAAAGUACAGGUGAAGAUACAUCCUGCAUCUCUGAGGAGGAGUACAUCAGAUAAAUGUUAUCUACAGUAUACCACAGUAUCUUCUCUAGAAUCGUUUCAUUGGUGUUUCAUUUGGAUUUUUUUUUUCUGCUGGCCUGUCAGAACUUAAACAAUACAGGAAGCCAGGAAAUCUGGAAAACAAUCGUAAAAAAGGAAGGUAUCAUCUUUCUUUUUCACUGUAGCCUUCCCUAGCCUCUUGAAUCUGCCUAGUGUGUAUCUUCCGACCAGAGACAUGCCCAGGUUAGAGCUGGAAAUGCAGAUGGAAGGUGCAUUUACUGAGGCCUAGGUCUGUUUUGUUUUUUACAUGUAAGUCUCAACAAUUGAUGAUCCUUCUUAACUGUAUUUUUAAUUCUUUCCUAAAACAGUAGUCACAGAGCCAGGUCUUUCAGUUGCUGUAAAUACAGCUUAAAAAUCUUAAGAAAUAGUUAACCUGGUUGGCGAAGUUUUGAAAAAACUCUGCUUUCAUGGUCAUGCAGACCAUUGCCCAGAGCUUCUAUUCCAAGUAUACAGAGUUGCUGAAUAAGUGGCUCAAAGUAUUAGAGCUUUGGCUCUAUGAUCUGGCUCUCCUGCUUUAAGCACCUUGUUCUCUGGGCAUCUGAGGCAUGCCAGGAUGCUCCUGAAUGCGGACUGGGGAGCUACUUUACAGAGUCUUCCUAUCUUCAUCUUUCAGUACUUUUAGGAUCAUGUUUCUGUAGAGAUCAAGUUCAUCUUUCCCCUUUGAUAAAACCUAAAUACUUAAUACAGUUACUUAAUGUCUAAUAGAACUUCAAGACUACCCUGGAGUUUCUCUUAAGGUCAGCAAUAAAAUCCAUCCAAUUUCAUGUGCUAUUUUUUUUCCCCUUACAGGGUAGGCAUCCCUCCAAAACAACUCAGUGAUCCGAUUGGGUCUCUUUAGAGAAAGAAAUCAGGUUAAAUAUUUGGUGUUCAUGUCUAACCUUACAUCCUGAGGCGUACAGACAAUCUGGUUUCUGUAAGAAGUAAUGAAUUCAAAGCUCAUUAUCUGAGUCAUUACAGCUAUAGUAUUUAACUUAUGAACUAAAUACUGUCCCCUUCAGCUAGUCACCUGAAGGAUCACCUUUAGAAAAUUCAAGGUACAAUCAUAUAAUAGAACAGAGUGCAUCUUAAAAUUUGGAUUGAUGCCAAAUAAAUCAUUCUGCAGCCUCUGGUGAUACUAGAAGAGGUGCAAUGAAGGCAGAUCUGAAUUGUCUUAGUAUUUUUACUGCAUUUUAUAUACUUAACGGUACUACCUCUUCUGCAUCAUUUAAAUGUAUAUUGGUAUGUAUAUAUAUGUAUGUGUGUGUAUGUGUAUGUCUUGUUUUGACCCCCUGUGUUAUGUCUGCUCAUUAAAUAAAAGUUUUGGACUACAUAGUCUUAUGGGCUGUAAUAAA